ACGCCACAACGGCACUACUUGACUUGGGGGGGUGAAAAGAUCACAUCACAUCAGAUGGAUCUUAGAAGGUGUUAGUUCAGUUUUCUCGAGUUGAGGACAUCGGGGAACACGUCCUUCAACACACGCACUAACGCCAACCAAACACUACUAACUCUAGCUUGCUGGUCUCUCACUCUCCCAAACCACACCCGACACCCACCGCGCAAUCACCAUUACUCUUCUCAUCCCCAAUUCAAAACCCUAACCAUUCAUGUCCACACACACAUGUGCUAGUAACUAACUAACCACCAAUUCCCCGUUCAGAUCCGUUUGGCGUCAUGGAGGCUAGCUCCGGAGGAGGUGGUGGCGGUGCUGCCGCCGCUGGUGGCGGUGUCGGCGGUGGUGGAGGAAACGACGUGGAGCUGAUGUGCAAGACUCUGCAGGUGGAGCACAAGUUGUUCUACUUCGAUCUGAAGGAGAAUCCUCGCGGCCGCUAUCUCAAGAUAUCGGAGAAGACCUCUGCGACGAGGUCCACCAUCAUCGUCCCCUCCUCUGGCAUCUCCUGGUUCCUCGAUCUCUUCAAUUACUACGUCAAUUCUGAAGAUCAUGAGCUAUAUAGCAAGGAAUUGCAGCUCGAUACUAAGAUUUUCUACUUCGACAUUGGGGAGAAUAGGAGGGGCCGUUUCUUAAAGGUGUCUGAAGCUUCUGUGAGUAGAAACCGUAGUACUAUCAUUGUUCCUGCAGGAAGUUCCAGAGAUGAAGGUUGGGCAGCAUUUAGGAACAUUUUGGCUGAUAUCAACGAAGGAUCAAGACUCUUCAUUCUACCCAAUCAGCAAAGUUCUGAAUCCUCUGAACGUAUUGUUGGACUUUCUGAUGAUGUUGGUGCCGGCUUUAUCGCUGGCCAUAGUAAUCAACCACCAACCACUUCUGAGUUGGAUAGAUCUGUUGAUUUGCCUGCGCAAGAAGAAAUUGGGAAUGUGGGGGUCUCAAAAGUGAUCAGGGCUGAUCAAAAAAGAUUCUUCUUUGAUCUUGGGAGCAAUAAUAGGGGCCAUUUUUUAAGAAUAUCUGAGGUUGCAGGUUCUGAUCGAUCCUCAAUAAUUCUUCCACUGUCAGGGCUAAAGCAAUUUCAUGAGAUAGUUGGUCACUUUGUGGAAAUCACCAAGGACCGAAUUGAGGGAAUGUCCAUUGCUAGUGUCCGUACAGUUGAUCCCCCUCAAAGAUGAAUGCUAAUUGGUGUUUUCUGUAAGAAUAAAAAUAAUCACACCCUCUCCGUCAAGGUGUUAUUAGGGAUACAAGUGGGUGUUGGUCAUCUGUGUCUGGUUUGGGUUUGUCUUUUUUUCUUUCUUUCUUUUUUCUCUCCCUUAAUCUCCUACUUCUCAUAUUGUUCUUCCAUUAAUGCUUUUGAAAUAAUGGGAACUCUGGUUGGCCAAGAAGACUAAUUGGAAUUGGAAUUGGCGGGCAAUGUUAGUAUGAACAGGAAAUAAUAGGUGAACAUUAGACCAAAGAGAGCCUUGUACUUGAUUGGAUAUUUUUGGCACCUGUGCUAUAUUUUGUAAUAAUGCUUGUUUGAUUGUUUGGCUCUCCAUCCUAGGUGAACUAGACUUUGAUAGUGGCUUAUGUCUUAUCAUCAUCUAUCUAGAGUUCAAUGAAGUCAAAGAGUAAUGAUAAUUCGUCCACUUACUUUCUC